ACUUACAAUAUGUCUAUAUACCCAUAAGUUAUAAUUUCCCGUACCCAUUUAUUAUUAUUAUUAUUUAUUACUUAUUACUUUAUCAUCACGUCUGUAGAUACGAAUUUUUUCUCACUCAACUUCGGAUUCGGAGCACAUGUAACUUAUUAUAACAUGUUGCUUUCGGAUUAUUUUCUAUGAACCGUUUAAAGUUGUGUUUAUUUUCUUAGUAGAAACUAUUAAGUACAGCUGUUGUAUUUUUUUUCAAUAGAUUAUAUAUAUUAUAAUAUUUUCUUACCUUAGACUCUAGAAGUUUCGAAUAGAUAAACAAACAAUAAACGUACCUACUUAAAAUGGAUUUUUGUCACACAGAUGAAGAGAAAAUAGAAGAAGAGAAAAAGAGCUUCCAACGAAUCAUAACAGCAUUUAUGUUUUACAGAAUUCAUUCUCUUAACAGAAUUGCCAAGACUAUAAACUACUUGAAAUCAUUACCAGAACAACAUCAAAGACUAUUGAUUAACUACAAUAACAGUUUGGAAACUAUAAGACAUUGUGUAGAUUAUAAUUAUAAUGUUAUUUUAGAAAUGAUUAAAGAUACUGCAUAUUUGUUUGAAAAUCAAAAUACUCCUAGUCUAGAUGGUUGGCAUUCAACUGAUGAGUACAAACCAAUUGAAUCUGAUUUAGAAAAAGUCCAGUCAACUCUGAAACAGUUUGUACGAGACUGGAGCACUGAAGGGGUUGAAGAACGUAACACUUGUUAUAAACCUAUAAUUGAUGAGAUUUUAAAAGAAUUUCCAUUAGAAUCUGUUCAACCUUCCGACAUUAAAAUUUUGGUACCUGGUGCUGGCCUUGGAAGAUUGGUUUUUGAAAUUGCCAAAUUGGGUUACACAAGUCAAGGAAAUGAGUUUUCUGUGUUCAUGUUAAUAGCAUCAAAUUUUGUAUUAAACCGAUGUCGAGGUGUUAAUAUGUAUGUUCUUUAUCCGUGGAUUCAUCAGUGUGAUAACAAUUUAGAAACUGAACACCAAAUGCAAUGCAUCUCAUUUCCUGAUAUCAAUCCAGCAAAAGAGUUACCACAAAAUGCACAUAUAUCAAUGGCUGCUGGUGACUUUUUACAAGUUUACACAGAUAAAGACGAAUGGAAUUGUAUUGCCACAUGUUUUUUUAUUGAUUGUGCCAACAAUAUAGUUGCAUUUAUUGAAACUAUUUAUAAAAUACUCAAGCCUGGUGGCAUAUGGGUCAAUUUAGGGCCAUUAUUGUAUCAUUAUAGUAACGUGUUUGAUCAAAAUUCUAUUGAACCAAGUUACCAAGUUAUUAAAGAAGUGAUUAAAGGGAUUGGUUUUCGGUUUGAAAAAGAAAUUUUAAAUGUGCCCACCAAGUAUGCACAAAAUCCACAGUCUAUGCUACAGUAUGAGUACAAAAGCGUAUAUUUUGUGUGUCGCAAACCCAAAUUUCCACUCACAUUAGCACCUUCGACUUCUGAAAAUGAAAUUAACGAAAACGGAAUAGGUUUCCCACUUGAUGAUGAUGAAGAAGAAAUCAGCUCAAAAGAUUUCCGCGGUGAUAAUGAAGAUCAAGAUGCAGAAGAAACCAAUUGAAAACUUAAUAAAUAAAGACUUAAUUUUUAAUAUUAAGAUAUUGUGAUGAUAAUAAAUAAUAAUAUUAAUAUUGUAAGACAAAUUUCAUUUAUCAUUUCUUUUUUUAAAUUUAUGUGUAUUUUGAUAAACUAUGACAACAAUAAUUUGAAUCUCAAUCAAAAAAACAUUUGAUUAAUAUAUUUAAAGUUAAUGUAUAACAUAUUAUAUUGAAGAUGAAGUACAAAUAACAAAUUGUGUCAUUGAUAAGUAUUUCAGUUAGUCUGAAAAUUAAGUAUUUAAUUUCGAACUAUGCUGAAAGAUUAUUUACAUUAAGUUAAAAAAAUAUGUUAUAUUUAUACUUUAAAUAUCAAUUAGUUUAUAAAAUAAAACUCAUUACAUUAUAAUUGUUACCUAAAUACUAUAUAGUUAAUAAAAACAUUUUUUUUUUAUGUACACAGAAAUUGUUAUAGGAUAAGAACUAUAUUAACAGAUAUUUAUUUCUUAAAAGCAGUCUGAUCUUUUUUUAAACUAUUUAUUAUUAUAAUACAGGAAAAUAAUAUAAUAUUAUUUUCUAACAUUACAAAAAUUGAUUUUUAGAAAAAAAAUAUUCAUUUUAUUUUUAUGCAUGUACAAAGAAUAAAUAAGAAUAGAGUUUUAUGAAAAAA